GGAAAACAUUAAAAACUGAAAAGCUGCCAAUGCGAGACGGAAUGCGACUGUCGGUUACAGAACACCAACGUAGUAGUGCCACUUCGACCCAUCUCUCUUUCGUUUCGUCUUCGAUCAAUUAACCUGGAUUUCCGCUCUCUGUCUCGCUCCCUUUUCUUCAUUACAUUAUCAACACGGGUUCCGAUCCCCAUCUCUCUCUCUCUCUCUCUCUCUCUUGUAGCUGCAACUGACGUCUGACCCUGUUCUGGGAAUCAAUCUUUUUGCUCGCUGCUGCCCUUCUGCUUCAAUCGGUUGCGGUUCUUGCUGUUCCUGCUGGAUUUUUUUCAGCUCCCGCCGUAUGCGAGUGUCGGGGUGAUCGGAGAGUGAAUGUUGAUACCUGCUGUUGAUAACAUCAGGAAAUUAGAUGCAUUCUUUACUUUGAAAUGCACCUAUGGCUUCGCUUAGUGAUAUAGGAGUUGCUGCUGCUAUCAACAUCCUCAGUGCAGUUGCUUUCUUUGUAGCAUUUGCCAUCCUCCGGAUUCAACCUUUCAAUGAUAGGGUCUACUUCCCGAAAUGGUACUUGAAGGGCUUAAGGUGCAGUCCAUUACGCCCCAACGCCUUUGUGAGCAAAUUUGUGAACUUGGAUUUCAGAUCAUAUCUGAGAUUCCUAAACUGGAUGCCUGAGGCAUUACGGAUGCCAGAACCUGAGCUAAUUGAUCAUGCUGGACUGGAUUCUGCUGUUUACCUGAGGAUCUACCUGAGUGGGCUGAAAAUUUUUGGUCCCAUAACCAUUCUUGCAUUUUCUGUCAUGGUUCCUGUCAAUUGGACCAAUGGCAGCCUGAAGCAUUCUAAAUUCUCCCACAGUGACAUAGACAAGCUUUCUAUCUCAAAUGUACCAAAUGGCUCACACAGAUUCUGGACCCAUUUGGUCAUGGCUUAUGCUUUCACUUUCUGGACGUGUUAUGUCUUGAAAAGGGAGUAUGAGAUUGUUGCGUCAAUGAGACUGCAUUUUCUUGCUUCAGAACAUAGGCGUCCAGACCAAUUCACGGUACUUGUUAGGAAUGUGCCACCUGAUCCUGAUGAAUCAGUUUCUGAGCUUGUGGAACAUUUUUUUAUGGUCAACCAUCCGGAUCACUAUCUCACACAUCAGGUUGUGUACAAUGCAAACAAGCUCUCAAACUUAGUUGAUGAGAAGAAAAAAUUGCAGAACUGGCUUGAUUACUAUCAACUUAAGUACACCAGAAAUCAAUCCCAAAGGCCUACCACAAAGACUGGAACUCUUGGUCUUUGGGGAGAGAGAAUGGAUGCAAUUGAUUUCUAUACUUCAAAAAUUGAAAAAAUAUCAAGAGAAAUAGCCCAGGAGAAAGAGAAUACUAUAAGCAGCUCCAAAUCUGUCAUGCCGGCAUCUUUUGUUUCGUUCAAGACACGCUGGGGUGCGGCUGUCUGUGCACAAACACAACAAACCCGUAAUCCAUCUGUAUGGUUGACAGAAUGGGCUCCAGAGCCGCGUGACGUCUAUUGGGCUAACCUAGCAAUUCCAUAUGUCUCCCUUUCUGUGAGGAGGCUUAUGGUUGCUGUUGCGUUCUUCUUUCUCACAUUCUUUUUCAUGAUCCCCAUUGCUCUUGUGCAAUCUCUAGCUAACAUCGAGGGAAUCGAGAAAGCUUUACCCUUUCUAAGGCCCAUUAUCGAAGUGAAAGCGAUAAAAUCAUUCAUCCAGGGUUUCCUUCCUGGAAUUGCUUUGAAGAUAUUUCUCCUAUUUUUACCAACAAUAUUAAUGCUGAUGUCUAAAUUUGAAGGAUUUAUAAGCACAUCUACACUGGAGAGGAGGUCGGCAACAAGAUAUUAUCUAUUUCAAUUCAUAAAUGUAUUUCUUGGGAGCAUUAUUACAGGAACUGCAUUUCAACAGCUCAAUAACUUUAUCCACCAGUCGGCAAAUGAGAUUCCCAAGACAAUCGGCGUCUCAAUUCCGAUGAAGGCCACUUUCUUCAUAACUUACAUAAUGGUUGAUGGUUGGGCUGGAGUAGCAGCGGAGAUACUAAGAUUGAAACCCUUGAUAAUGUACCACUUGAAAAACUCGUUUCUGGUCAAGACUGAAAAGGACAGGGAGGAGGCAAUGGACCCGGGAACUCUUGGUUUCAACACAGGCGAACCGCAAAUUCAACUCUAUUUUUUGCUUGGCCUCGUGUAUGCUGUGGUGUCUCCAAUCCUUCUGCCGUUUAUAUUGGUCUUCUUCGGAUUGGCCUAUGUCGUGUAUCGCCACCAGAUCAUAAAUGUGUACAAUCAAGAAUAUGAGAGUGCUGCAGCUUUCUGGCCAGACGUUCAUGGGCGCAUUAUAGUCGCAUUGAUCGUUUCCCAACUGCUUCUGAUGGGGCUAUUAAGUACAAAGGAAGCUGCUCAAUCGACUCCGCUUCUGAUUACCCUCCCAGUGCUAACCAUAUGGUUCCACCUAUUCUGCAAAGGUCGCUACGAGCCCGCUUUCCUGAGAUACCCAUUGCAGGAAGCAAUGAUGAAAGACACAUUGGAAAGGGCAAGGGAGCCAAACUUGAACUUGAAGGGUUUUGUACAAGCUGCUUAUAUUCAUCCGGUUUUCAAAGGUGAAGAUGACAGCGAUAGUGAUUCUGCGACCGACGAUGUUGUGGAGGAACCCGCGCUCGUCCCAACAAAACGACACUCCCAACGAAGUACACCAUUGCCUAGCAAACACAGCGGCUCGUUAUCAUAAGGGGCUUUCCCUGUUACCUCCGGUGAGUUUUGGUUGGACAUUGAGGUUGUCAGGAAGGUUUUAGAGUUGAUGGUCGGAUAUGUGAAUAAUAGAACAGCUGCAGAUUAGGUACAUACAGUAGAUAAACAAAAUGAGAAGAAAUGGCCGGCAACGAAAGAACUUCGAAUCGUGCAUUCUUUUACUUCCCCGACUUUUUUUGGUCUCGUCGGAAAAGCGAAAUGUAUGGCCAGAGGUGAUCUGUCAGUUAUUAGAUCAAAAGUCCAUUCAUAGAUUCAAUUCUCUUCUGUGACUGUCAUGGUUGCUUCCUUUCGUCUCAGAAUCCGAAGAAAGGAGCUAAGAACGGGAGUCGAUCCACGCGAACGCUAGCGGAUUGACAUAAUGUCCGUACUAAUCUGUUUUAAGACUCCUGCUCGACUUUACCAAAUAAUGAUCGUCGAAUUCAAAACUCCAAGCGGUA